CCCCUUGAAUGUUAACUAGCUGAUGGCAGAGCCUGGAUCUUCAGAAAUUUACCAUCAUUUCCUUUGUCUUUGAGGAGUUCAGUAGGAGGCAGUUUUUGUGACUCCAGUCACUGAAGGCUUUUGUCAGAUCCCUGUAUUCAGAUUCCUGUGCAUUCUGGAUACACGCCAUUAUUAUCAAAUGUUACCAUUUCCAAUAUGGUACCUGCAGAUGAUAGGCUUCAAAGCUUCUUCAGAAACAAAUGGGUGACGUUACAAAGACCACAUCCAUGUACUAUAAGGUUUGUGGUUGGGCCUUAUGUUUGUGCUGCGGCGGCCAUUUUGUUCAGAUAGUUGCUAGGCAGUGAAUAGACAUCAAAGGCACUAUGAUGUCAUAUACCUGACUAUGAGGUCACAAUUGACAAAGCUUUAAACCAGAAAGAGAAGAUACAAGAUAUACUUUAUUUGCUCCCCCCUUUAUUAAGAGUGCACAGUCUUUACUUCAAGCUAGUCUACAUUCCAGACACUGAGUCCACUAAGAAUCAUAAUGGAAAACAGCCAACCCAGCCAGAGUUUCACUCAGACACCAGCUACCCUGAGAGCUGAGACAGAAGCCCCAAAGGAGGAGAAGAUGGACGACUCAGCUGCUGUACCAGGGCGACCUGUGGCAAAGCAGGUGGAACAGACACAAAAGGAGGAAAAGCUACAGGAGGAACAGACACAAAAGGAGUAUUUGGAGAGUAAGCUUCAGGAGAGAAACCAUAAAGACCUGGAAAAUGUUAAGAUGCUGACACAGGAGGUGAACACCCUGCAGGCAGAGAGCAUGAACAGUGAAUCAAGGGACAGGGGUCAUAGAGUGGAGAUAAAAGAGCUCCAAAAUAUUGUUGAAUCUCUGAAAAAACAGCUACAGGAUGACCAGAAAGAAAAGGAAGAAUUGAAGAGAAGGCUUCAAGAGAGAAACCAUGAACACGUGGAACAAAUUGAGAGGCUGACGCAGAAGGUGGACGCCCUGCAGGCAGAGUGCUCGAGCAGUGAACGAAGGGAAAGUGGUCAUAAAUGGGAGAUGCAAAAGCUCCAAGAUUGUGUUGAAUCCCUGAAAAAACUGCUACAGGAAGAACAGACACAAAAGGAGUAUUUGGAGAGUAAGCUUCAGGAGAGAAACCAGAAAGACCUGGAAAAUGUUAAGAUGCUGACACAGGAGGUGAACACCCUGCAGGCAGAGAGCAUGAACAGUGAAUCAAGGGACAGGGGUCAUAGAGUGGAGAUAAAAGAGCUCCAAAAUAUUGUUGAAUCUCUGAAAAAACAGCUACAGGAUGACCAGAAAGAAAAGGAGGAAUUGAAGAGUAAGCUUCAAAAGACACACCAUGAAAACCUGGAAAAUGUUAAGAGGCUGGAGCAGGAGUUGAAGGUCCUGGAGGAAGAGUCCUCGAUCAGAGAAUUAAGGGAAGAGGGACAUAACAUGGAGAUGCAAGAGCUCCAAGAUCGUGUUCAAUCCCUGGAAAAACAGCUACAGGCUGAACAGCUGAGAGCUGACGAAAUCCAAAAAGAACAGAGGGAAUUGAAGAGUACGCUUCAAGAGAAAGACAGACAAGACCUGGAACAAGUUAAGAGACUGGAGCAAAAGCUGAGGGUCCUGUACGAAGAGCGCUCCAACAGAGAAUCAAGGGAAAUGCGGCAUAACACGGAGAAGCAAGAGCUCAGAGGUAUUGUAGCAUCUCAAAACAACAUGCUACAGUCUGAGGUGUUAAGGGGUAAGAACUUGCAGGCACAACUGGAUGAGGAAAGACAUCUGCACCAUGAAGUGUUCUACAAAGCUUGUAAUCAGAUUGAGAGUCUGAACAGAAAAGUAGCUCAUCUGCAGCAGGAGCUCAAGGAGCAGCAGGAAGAGACCCGAAGUAAAGAAACGGACUUUAAGAACCAGCUGCAAGAAAAGACCAGAAGCUGCAUGGAGAUGGCCUCCAAACUAAAGGAUCAGGAGGAGUACAUGGAGCAAGUGUCGGCGUUUCUAUGUAAGAAAAAGGAAGAGCCCCCCCGUACAGACAACAUCCAAGUCAACACUCCAAACAUGGUGCAGGAGACAUCUGAGCCCAUCCAGACAUCACCUGAGGGGGCCGAGGGAACAUCUACAUUCCAGACACUGAGUCCACUAAGAAUCAUAAUGGAAAACAGCCAACCCAGCCAGAGUUUCACUCAGACACCAGCUACCCUGAGAGCUGAGACAGAAGCCCCAAAGGAGGAGAAGAUGGACAACUCAGCUGCUGUACCAGGGCGACCUGUGGCAAAGCAGGUGGAGGCCCUGGAGAAAGAGUGCUUCACCAGAGUACAAAGGGAAAGGGAUCAUAUCAAGGAGAACCAAGAGCUCAGAGAUCAUGUUGAUUCCCUGAAAAACCAGCUAGAGGCUAAAAACCAGGAGGUGAAUGCCCUGCAGGAAGAGUGUUUGAGCAGAGAAUUAGGAGAAAGUAUUAAUAACAAGGAGAAGCAAGAGCUCAAAAUUCUUGUUGCAUCUAAAAACAACGAGCUACAGGCUGAACAACUGAGGGCUGAUGAACUCCAAAAAGAAAAGGAGGAGUUGAAAAGAAAGCUUCAAGAGAGAGACAGUCAAGACCUGGAACCAGUUGAGAGGCUGGAGCAGGAGUUGAGGGUCCUGUACGAAGAGCGCUCCAACAGAGAAUCAAGCGAAAUGGGUCAUAACAAGGAGAAGCAAGAGCUCAGAGAGCUUGUUGCUUCUCAAAACAAAAAUGUACAGGCUGAACAAGAGAGGGCUGAUGAACUCCAAAAACAACAGGAGGACUUAAAGAGAAGGUUUCAAGAGACAGACAGUAAAAACCUGGAGCAAAUUAAGAGGCUGAAGCAGGAGGUGAAGGUCCUCAAGGAAGAGCGCUCCAGCAGAGAAUCAAGCGAAAGUUGUCAUAGAGUGGAGAUGAAAGAGCUCCAACAUCGUGUUGAAUACCUGAAAAAAAAGCUACAGGAUGAACAGAAAGAAAAGGAAGAAUUGAAGAGUAAGCUUCAAGAGAGAGACCAUCAAGACCUGGAACAAUUUGAGAGGCUGAAGCAGAAGGUGAACACCCUGCAGGAAAAGUGGUCGAGCAGUGUACUAAGGGAAAGUGGUCAUAAAUGGGAGAUGCAAAAGCUCCAAGAUCGUGUUGAAUCCCUGGAAAAACUGCUACAGGAAGAACAGACACAAAAGGAGUAUUUGGAGAGUAAGCUUCAGGAGAGAAACCAGAAAGACCUGGAAAAUGUUAAGAUGCUGACACAGGAGGUGAACACCCUGCAGGCAGAGCGCAUUAACAGUGAAUUAAGGGACAGGGGUCAUAGAGUGGAGAUAAAAGAGCUCCAAAAUAUUGUUGAAUCUCUGAAAAAACAGCAACAGGAUGACCAGAAAGAAAAGGAAGAAUUGAAGAGAAGGCUUCAAGAGAGAAACCAUGAACACGUGGAACAAAUUGAGAGGCUGACGCAGGAGGUGAACACCCUGCAGGAAAAGUUGUCGAGCAGUGUACUAAGGGAAAGUGGUCAUAAAUGGGAGAUGCAAAAGCUCCAAGAUCGUGUUGAAUCUCUGAAAAAACAGCUACAGGAUGACCAGAAAGAAAAGGAAGAAUUGAAGAGUAAGCUUCAAGAGAGAGACCAUCAAGACCUGGAACUAUUUGAGAGGCUGAAGCAGACGGUGAACACCCUGCAGGAAAAGUGGUCGAGCAGUGUACUAAGGGAAAGUGGUCAUAAAUGGGAGAUGCAAAAGCUCCAAGAUCGUGUUGAAUCUCUGAAAAAACAGCUACAGGAUGACCAGAAAGAAAAGGAAGAAUUGAAGAGUAAGCUUCAGGAGAGAAACCAUAAAGACCUGGAAAAUGUUAAGAUGCUGACACAGGAGGUGAACACCCUGCAGGCAGAGAGCAUGAACAGUGAAUCAAGGGACAGGGGUCAUAGAGUGGAGAUAAAAGAGCUCCAAAAUAUUGUUGAAUCUCUGAAAAAACAGCUACAGGAUGACCAGAAAGAAAAGGAGGAAUGGAAGAGUAAGCUUCAAAAGACACACCAUGAAAACCUGGAAAAUGUUAAGAGGCUGGAGCAGGAGUUGAAGGUCCUGGAGGAAGAGUCCUCGAUCAGAGAAUUAAGGGAAGAGGGACAUAACAUGGAGAUGCAAGAGCUCCAAGAUCGUGUUCAAUCCCUGGAAAAACAGCUACAGGCUGAACAGCUGAGAGCUGACGAAAACCAAAAAGAACAGAGGGAAUUGAAGAGUACGCUUCAAGAGAAAGACAGACAAGACCUGGAACAAGUUAAGAGACUGGAGCAAGAGCUGAGGGUCCUGUACGAAGAGCGCUCCAACAGAGAAUCAAGGGAAAUGCGGCAUAACACGGAGAAGCAAGAGCUCAGAGGUAUUGUAGCAUCUCAAAACAACAUGCUACAGUCUGAGGUGUUAAGGGGUAAGAACUUGCAGGCACAACUGGAUGAGGAAAGACAUCUGCACCAUGAAGUGUUCUACAAAGCUUGUAAUCAGAUUGAGAGUCGGAACAGAAAAGUAGCUCAUCUGCAGCAGGAGCUCAAGGAGCAGCAGGAAGAGACCCGAAGUAAAGAAACGGACUUUAAGAACCAGCUGCAAGAAAAGACCAGAAGCUGCAUGGAGAUGGCCUCCAAACUAAAGGAUCAGGAGGAGUACAUGGAGCAAGUGUCGGCGUUUCUAUGUAAGAAAAAGGAAGAGCCCCCCCGUACAGACAACAUCCAAGUCAACACUCCAAACAUGGUGCAGGAGACAUCUGAGCCCAUCCAGACAUCACCUGAGGGGGCCGAGGGAACACCGAAGAUGGAGAAGGCCUCCUGGUGGACGAGGUUAAAAAAGGGUGUGACUCUUCACAGGCGUCACAAAUAAAAACAUCAGAGUCAGUAAGGGUUUUCUCCGGGAACCUCCGGUUUCAUCCCAUCAUAGACAUUUUGAAAGAACUUUAUUCAGCAUAGAUUAUUAAAAAUGUCAAUAAAAAAAAUAAAAAUAAAACUAUAAGUCUUUGCAUUCAAA